GGUUGUGCUCUGUGUCAGGUUGUUCAAACAGAGUGUGGACUGAGACAGAUAGAGAUGGAGAGCUGCCUGUUGGUGAUUUUUCUGUCCUCCAUGGUUCAGGUCAUCACAGCUGACAGUGUGAGGCUGGUGGAUGGUGGUCGUCACUGUGCUGGGAGAGUGGAGGUUCUUCAUGAAGGACAGUGGGGGACAGUGUGUAGUUAUGGCUGGGGUAUGACUGAUGCUGCAGUGGUGUGUAGAGAACUGGGCUGUGGAGAGGCUGUAGAGGCACCAACACUGGCUCAUUUUGGACCAGGAUCAGGACCAAUCUGGAUGGAGGAAGUGAAGUGUCAUGGGAGUGAGUCUACACUGAAGAACUGUAGAUCAGAGAAAGGGAGUGGAGAUUACUGUAUCCAUGACUUUGAUGCUGGAGUCAUCUGCUCAGGUUCUGUAAAAUUAGUGGAUGGUUCUAACAUGUGCUCUGGGAGAGUAGAGAUACUUCGUGGGAAGACCUGGGGCACGGUGUGUGAUGCUGACUUUGACCUGCAGGAUGCAGAGGUUGUGUGUCAAGAGCUGGGCUGUGGGGUUCCUGUAGAGGUGCUGGGAUCAGCUGCUUUUGGCAAAGGGGAGGGUCAGGUGUGGUCAGAGGAGAUUCAAUGUAGAGGCAAUGAAUCUCAGAUUGCCCUGUGUCCAACAUCAUCUUCACAGAGACAGAACUGUUCCCAUGAAAACAAUGUAGGACUGGUAUGUACAGGUAUUGUGAGGCUGGUGAAUGGUGGAAGUCGCUGUGCUGGGAGAGUGGAGGUUCUUCAUGAAGGACAGUGGGGGACAGUGUGUGGUGAUUCCUGGGGUCUGCCUGAUGCUGAAGUGGUGUGUAGAGAACUGGGCUGUGGAAGGCUUAUAAGCACCAUGAGUGGAGCUCAUUUUGGACCAGGAUCAGGACCAAUCUGGAAGGAUGAUGUGGUCUGUACUGGGUCAGAGUCUACACUGAAGAACUGUGAAUCGAAAGGAUGGGGUCAACAUAACUGUGGUCAUCACCAAGAUGCAGGAGUCAUCUGCUCUGGAGUGAGGUUGGCAGGUAAUUCUCCCUGCUCUGGAAGAGUAGAGAUACUUCGUGGGAAAACCUGGGGCACGGUGUGUGAUGCUGACUUUGACCUGCAGGACGCAGAGGUUGUGUGUCAAGAGCUGGGCUGUGGGGUUCCUGUAGAGGUGUUGGGAACAGCUGCUUUUGGCAAAGGGGAGGGUCAGGUGUGGUCAGGGGAGAUUCAGUGUAGAGGCAAUGAAUCUCAGAUUGCCUUGUGUCCUAUAUCAUCUUCACAAAGACAGAAGUGUUCCCAUGACAACGAUGUAGGACUGGUAUGUACAGACAGUGUGAGACUGGUGAACGGUAAUAGUCGCUGUGCUGGGAGAGUGGAGGUUCUUCAUGAAGGACAGUGGGGGACAGUGUGUAGUGAUAAGUGGGAUAUGACUGAUGCUGCAGUGGUGUGUAGAGAACUGGGCUGUGGAAGGCUCAUAGAAGCUCAGAGUGGAGCUCAUUUUGGACCGGGGUCAGGACCAAUCUGGAUGGACAAUGUUGCCUGUACUGGGUCAGAGUCUACACUGAAGCACUGUAGAUCUAGAGGAUGGGGUGAACACAAAUGUGGUCAUCACAAAGAUGCAGGAGUCAUCUGCUCAGGAGUCAAGCUAGUGGGUAAUUCUCCCUGCUCUGGGAGAGUAGAGAUACUUCGUGGGAAGACCUGGGGCACGGUGUGUGAUACUGACUUUGACCUGCAGGAUGCAGAGGUUGUGUGUCAAGAGCUGGGCUGUGGGGUUCCUGUAGAGGUGCUGGGAUCAGCUGCUUUUGGCAAAGGGGAGGGUCAGGUGUGGUCAGAGGAGAUUCAGUGUAGAGGCAAUGAAUCUCAGAUUGCCCUGUGUCCAACAUCACCUUCACAGAGACAGAACUGUUCCCAUGACAACGAUGUAGGAGUGGUGUGUAGAGACAGUGUGAGACUGGUGAACGGUGGUCGUCGCUGUGCUGGGAGAGUGGAGGUUCUUCAUGAAGGACAGUGGGGGACAGUGUGUCAAAGGGGAUGGGACAUGACUGAUGCUGCAGUGGUGUGUAGAGAACUGGGCUGUGGAGAGGCUGUAGAGGCACCGUUGUGGGCUCAUUUUGGACCAGGAUCAGGACCUAUUUGGUUAAACCUUGUGGACUGCACUGGAUUGGAGACCACAUUGAAGACCUGUAUGUCAAGAAGAUGGGGUCAGCAUAACUGUGAACAUAUUUUGGAUGCUGGAGUCAUCUGCUCAGAUCCAUCUGCUCAGCCACAGAUCUCCACAGGACAGAGGUGACUGAGUGCCAGAAAGCAGUGU